AUGUCCAUGGAAGAGGAGGAGGGCGGCCUGACUGAUGUACUGCCUCGGGACCUGGCCUCUCUCUUCUCCGACACGUACACGGAUGAGAGCUGCUAUGAGUUCUGCGGUCAGCGGCUGUCCAUCACUCAGCAUUACGGGGCCAAGCUCGGGGUGGCGGCUCCGGUGUGGGACGCUGCUCUGAAUCUGUGCUCUUACUUUGAAGAGCAGAAACUGAACUUCAAAGGAAAGAAGAUUAUUGAGCUGGGUGCAGGAACUGGGAUUGUGGGGAUACUGCUAUCUCUGCUAGGUGGUAAUGUGACCCUGACCGACCUUCCACAUACACUUUCACAGAUUAAGAAAAAUGUAUCUGCCAAUGUUCCCGAUGGCCAUUCACUUAACGUGCGUGCAUUGUCUUGGGGAUUGGACCAGACCAAAUUUCCACAGGACUAUGACAUUGUCAUUGGGGCAGAUAUUGUGUAUCUGAAGGACACAUUUGACCACCUUCUCCAAACAUUGCAGCACCUCUGCUGUCCUAGCACCACCAUAUUCCUUUCUUCCAAAAUGCGGGCCGAGCAUGGUACUGUGGACUUCUUCCAGGAUGUCCUACCCAAGUAUUUUAAUGUAGAACUUGUAAGAAGAAAUGCUGAGGAUAACAUCAAUAUCUACACUGUUACCCAGUAUCCGAACUGA